GAGAUAACCUUAAAACAAGAACAAAGAUUUUAUUAUAAUAAUAAUAAUGUGGAUUUACAUACUUUGGAUGCCAAUGAAGGUGACGCCAAAAGGAAAGAAUAAAAAAACGAAUUAGUGGGGAUUUGAUUUUAAUUUUUCUUUUCGAGGGAGCGUCUGUGGGUAUCAUUUAGUUGUUCUUUUUUGAUUUCUACUUUUUAAAAUUUUGAAUUUUUGAAUUAUAAAAAUGGUUCAAUGUCAGCAUGUGUAUGGACCUCACCCUCCAUUCUCCAAUGCAUAGAGUGGACAUAUCAAAGUUCUUCCUUUUAAUCAUUGGUUUCUUUUUUUUUUUUUUUUUAAUUUAUUUAUCUUCCUUACUUUCAUCAUCUCUUCAUCUACUUCCUCUUCUUUUUCCCUUCAUUUUUAUUCCCAUUUUCAUUAUCUUUUUAGUGGAUUGUUUCUUCAAAAUAUAUUUACACACGUAAUCAAAUAUUAUAGAUAGAUUACUAUAUUUUACUAUAUUUAUCUAUUUAAUAUAGAUUAAAUAGAUGAACGUGAUGUUUUGCUAUAUUAAUAGAUAUUUUUCGAUAGUCUUCUUAUUUAAAAUAAUUUUCAAAACAAAGAUAAAAGGUUUUAGUCUACAUUUUGCUAUAUAUUUGAAAUAAAAAGCCCAAAAGUUUUCUACCUAAUUACUAAAUUUAAUCAGCUGGGCUAAAUUUGGCUCAUCUACCUUAAAAAUGGACCUGCGCAAUUUGGGCCUCUUGAGCCUGGGGUUUAGAAUUUUAGGGUAGAGGCCUAUUAUUGCUGGGCUUCGGCCCAAUAAUGAGCAGCGAACUUUCUUUGGGCUUUUACAAAUCGGUGCCACACGAAAGCGGGAUAACCCCAUCCAAUGGCGCCGUACGGUUGCGCUCUGGUCUCGGCCAUUGAGGUUUCUCCCGCCAAGAUAACAAGCUUCAACGGUCUUCACUAUCCAACAUUUUCCCUUUUCCCUUCUUUCGUAAAGCCUUUGGUUAAUUGUACUUUAACUUCGUCCGUAAUUUACAGAGCCACUCCCAUCACGGCUAGCUACGUUUACCCAGAACCAAUACCGGAAUUUGCAGAAGUUGAAACCCAGAAAUUUAAGGAGCAGUUAUCGAAGAAACUAGCGAAGGAUCGCGAGACAUUCGGGAACGACUUCGAUUCAGUUGUGGAUGUUUGCUCGAAGUUAAACGACAAGUCGGCAAACCCGUAACCGGCUGGAUGGAAGUUCCACGUGGAGAGAUGCCAGAAAUCGUUAUCUUUGGACGGACUUGCUCAGCGGUGUCGACGGAGGUCAAUGUUUUUAGGCUAAUUAAACUAUUAAUUAGUUUCUUAAUAAACUAAGAUUAAAAACUAUUUAAGACGGCAAAGCGUGCGGCUUCCAUAAGAUUCUCAACAAAAUUUAUUUAAGAAAAAACGUAGACAAAGACAUAGCACCAUCUUAUCCGCCUGCCUAAUUCUGGAAAAAAUUUCUUUAUACUGUUUCUGUUUAUAUAAUAUUUUGAGAAAUUUUUGCGUUUGGAUGACGAGAAAAAUCCUGUUGAAAGAAACAGUGAAGAACAAAAUAAAAAAAGAAACACCGAAACAAAAAAGGAGGAGGUUUGUGUAUGGCAGAUUCGACGACAAUCAUGGAUGGAAUUCAUCAAAAUUUUAACUUUGUGUUUGUGAUUUGUUGAUUGAUUCUGUUGAAAAUGAAGGAUUAGUUUAUUAUUAAAGCUAAUCCACUUGGGAUUAUUUUAAUUUACGAACAUAAUAAGCACAGGAAGAAAUAAAGCAGAUCGAUCGGUUUUGUUGACAACGAGAAAGGUAAAAAUAAUAAUGAUAAUGAUGAUAAUGUGGGUGUCGUUUUUAUAUGAACAAUUAAUGCAAAUAUUUUUGUUUUGAAUGCA